UAUGAGCAUUACAAGCAUUCUAUAUUUAUACUGAAAGCAAUAAAACGCUAGCGAAAACAGAAAACAAACGCGCAUUGGCGCUUCAACGCUCGCUCAGAGCAGCUGGCGUGAUUUUAACUAAACAUUGAAAUUUUCCACAACAUUAGAACAUUCAAAUAACAUGGCUGCUGAGAAGCAACAGCUAGAGAGUAUCGAAAGCGUGCUGAAGAAGUUACCAGAUGCUGAUGCGCAGGUAUUCCAAGAGAUAUACUACGGUAAAAAUGUUCGUCCGAUGGAAAUAUCCGAAGAUACUAUUGCGCAUGCGCGCAUGCAAAACGCCGAAGUAAAAGCGUACACGUUCGGCGCGCAUCCCGAACAACUACGUGCUUCCCGCUUGGUCCGCGUUGGUAUCUUCCAGCAUCAAACACCAAUGGCAACUAACGUGCCCAUUGAACAGAUGAGAGCUACCAUGCACAAGAUGGCGCAUGACGCUAUCACCACUGCAUUCUACGGACAUGCAAACAUCUUUUGUUUCCAAGAAACAUGGAAUAUGCCAUUUGCGUUUUGUACGAGAGAAAAGCAGCCAUGGUGUGAAUACGCUGAAAGUGCAACUGAUGGACCAACAAUUAAAUAUUUACAAGAACUGGCUAAACAGUACAAUAUGGUGAUAAUCUCGCCGAUUUUGGAGCGUGAUGAAAUGCAUUGUGACACUAUCUGGAAUACGGCUGUAGUUAUCGAUAAUCACGGCGAUAUCCUGGGUAAACAUCGCAAGAAUCACAUUCCGCGCGUUGGAGACUUUAACGAAUCAACGUAUUAUUAUGAAGGCAAUACCGGACAUCCGGUUUUCGAGACUGAAUUUGGUCGAAUUGCUAUUAAUAUCUGUUAUGGCCGCCAUCAUCCCUUGAAUUGGCUUAUGUUUGGUAUAAAUGGUGCGGAGAUUGUCUUCAAUCCUUCUGCCACCACUGAUGGCUUAAGUGAACCGUUGUGGGGAAUUGAAGCUCGCAACGCCGCCAUUGCCAACUCGUACUUUACAUGCGCCAUAAACCGCGUGGGAACGGAACACUUCCAAAACGAAUUUACUUCAGCUAAUGGCCAACCUGCGCACAAAGAUUUCGGACACUUUUACGGAUCUAGUUAUAUUGCUGCACCGAAUGGAUCAAGAACACCUGGAUUGAGCCGGGUUAGUAACGGCUUGCUAAUUGCUGAGAUGGACCUAAACAUGUGCAGGCAAGUAAAGGACGUUUGGGGUUUCCAAAUGACUCAACGUCUUGACAUGUACGCCAAGUCCUUGACAGACGCAUGCGCCCCGGACUACGAAAGGCAAAUCAUACGCAAAUAAUUCUGGUAAAAAAUUAUUCACUGUACAAAAAAAUACAACUUAUUAUCUUAA